UCUUAGAUAGCCGUAGAUAGACCGAAUUUUGCGAUGUCAGCGAAUGGCAAAUUUAUGAGCGUAGAAGGUAGGUCAAUCAUAGACGCUUGUUACCUGUGAAGGGUUCCUCGUAAAUCUGACGCCGAACGAAGAUAUAGGCUGUUGAAUAAGAGGUGUCUGACGCUGCGCGAACGUCGCGACGCUUCGACAAGGUCGUCUUUCUCCGUUUCGUUUCGCGUGUUCCUUUGACGUACGGGAAUGCCGAAGACAUGAUGACGUAGAGGAAAUGAUGCUCUUUCAUGUGCCCCGGCUGCGAUUAACGAAUAAUUUAUUAUUUGGGUUCAUCGUCAGGCUAUAGAUUAUGCGCAGACCGUAGUCAGAGGUCGUAUCCGUGGCAACCCAACACCACGCCUACUCUGUUGUCGACAACAACCAAUCAACGAUGAGAGCGUAAUAGGACGGCUUCCGUGAUUGGUCGGUUUCGAAGAAACGAGUUCAUUACUGUUCUACGUUUCCCGUUGAGCUAUUCGUUUGUAGCUAUCCGUGUAGAAGCCUGUUGUGAAGAAGCAGCGUGUGGUCCGUUGGUAUCGUGAGUGAUUGGUCUGUUUCGAAACGAGUUCACGACUGUUAACGUUUCCCGUUGAGCUACCCGUUUGUAGCUAUCUGUUUAGAAGCCAACGAUGCCUGUUGUAAAGAAGCAGCGUGCAUUCCGUCGGUAUCCUGAGCGGGAAGGCUUCAGCCCCGCUAGGGGCUUUUGCCUAGUCGAUUUGUCUGCCCUUGCAAAGGAGCUAUUCACUAGAAGCCUUUGCAGAAAGUGCGGGAAGGGCCAACUAGCUUUGAAAGUUGGCCAGAACAAGAAGGGCUUCGCUAUUCCGCUCUUGUUUCAGUGUUCUAAUCGGUGAGAACGUGACGUAAUGAAUUUAUCUUGUCGUGUCUAAUAUAACAUGUCUUGUGCAGGUUUUGCGGAGUUGACGUGCGUACUGGUGUCUUGACGUACUCCUCCGCAAGGAUAGGGUCUGAUACUGGACCUUUUGAAGUGAAUAGAAGAGUAGUUUUGGCUGCUCGAGAGGUAGGAUGCGGCCACGCUUCGCUAGAGGUACGUGAUAGUAAUCUACCGCUUGUCUUCACUAUCAUAAUAGAAUUGUGUUUCUUGCCUUGUCUAGAGGUUUUCUGCUGUUGUCGGUCUGGUGUCUUGUUUGAGCGACAACCUGUUUACGAGUCAUCUAAAAGCUGUGAAGGAUGUAGCAGUUGCUGUGGCACAGGAGAUGUCUAACGCAGCGAAACAAGUCCGCGUCAACACAGAGCCUGCAGUUGUAAUUCCUGAUCUUGACAGUACUGACAGUGGCGACACAUCUGAAGGCGAGGGUUUUGCUGGCCUUGAGACUGUCGAGGGUCUGGUGGACAUUGCCGUGUCUUGUGAUGGGUCAUGGCAGCGACGUGGACACCAGUCACUCUACGGUUUCGAGUCAUGCAUUGCUGCCGAUACAGGGAAGGUGAUAGACUACGCCAUUCAGUCUAAGUUUUGUUCCUCCUGCCAGUCCCACAACACCUGGGAUCCGACGUCUGAAUUAUACAAGAGGUGGAAGGCAGACCAUGCUCCUAACUGUACCAUCAAUUUUACAGGAUCAUCAGGUAGCAUGGAGUCGUAUGGUGCUGUCACAAUGUGGAAGAGGUCCAUAGCCGUCCACAGUCUGCGAUAUACCACAUUUAUUGGCGAUGGUGACUCCUCCUCUUUCAAGAGUGUAGUCGAGAGUGCUCCAUACAACGUCCCUAUUACUAAGAGCGACUGCAUCGGUCACAUUCAAAAGAGGAUGGGAAGUGGGUUGCGUGUGAUAGUGGGCAAGAACAAGGAGGUUGAGUGUAUGUUGAAGAAUGGCAAGAUAGUGAAAGGGAUUUCUGGCCGUGGGCGACUCACACUGAACAUUAUAAACAAAAUACAAAAUUAUUAUGGCCAGGCUAUUCGUAACAACAUAGGAGACUUAGAUGGCAUGGUGAAGGACAUCAAGACGAUCUUGCGGCACUACUCAGACGAGCAUGAUACGUGUCCAGCUGAUGUCACUUCACGGUGUAAGUACCAUACGAACAGAGACAAAUAUAAGCCCAAACAGCUUCCGGAAGUGGUGUUAGAGUUGAUGGCCCCGGUCUUUGACAGACUAUGUGCUGUGCCUCUUUUGGACAGGUGCCAGAGAGGCGACACACAGAACUCAAAUGAAGCUCUGCACCAUCUGCUUUGGAAGAGGGCUCCUAAACACAUGUUUGCCUCCCCAGAGAUCAUUAAACUGGCUGCUGCUUUAGCUGUGUUGCAGCGAAACUGUGGCUCUGGUGGGCUGCAGAAGAUACUCUCCCGGAUUGGAUUGGAUCCAACCGUGUCAACUUCUCUGUUUGAGAAGAUAGAUGCAAGAAAGGAGGCCACCAUCGUAUCAUCUCGGGUCAGUACUAAAAAGACCAGACGAAAGGUCCUGCGUGGCCUCAAGAAGAGAAAAGCCGACCAGCUAAAAGAGAAGGAGGCACCAUCAUAUGAGGUUGGCGCAUUUGAUGCCGAUCCAGAUGCUGCAGGUCCUAGUCGCGGUCGUGGCCGAGGACGUGGUCGACGACGAGGAUGUAGAUGUAAGAGCAUCUACCUCUAAUGCUACUCUUACUAGCAGUGACACUUACCCCGAUGUUGGCCCAUCUUCCAGCAAAGGUUGGGGAAGACAAAGGCAGCCAUGCCAUCUUCCAGCAGAGGUCGAGGGAACAGAAAGGCAGCCAUGCCUGCAUCCGCAUCUGUCUAAAAAAACAGUUGGACGUUUGUUCCUCCUCCUCCUCCUCCUCCUCCUCCUCUCCUCUUCCUAAACUCUGUAUUCAACCUCGUCUCUCUCUCCCCG